AUGCCUUUCCCAUCGUCCUCGCCUUCACUUUCAUCUUCUUCCACCCCAGUUUCACCCACCCCAACCACUCCCCCCACUCCAUCUACCUCACCAGAUCUAACUCCAUCACAGCCAAUCCAACCCAGCCUAACUCCAUCUCAACUCAGUGAAAUUCAAGACAUACUUACUUUCUUAGCCAAGCACAACUCAACCCAUUUCCACUCCACUAUCACCCAGAUUCACAAAGACCCAUCCGUGCAAAAGCCCCAACGAAGGCAUUCCGACCAAUUCCGCCGCGGCCCCAAAACCCGACUUACUUUAGAGUUAGACCGCCACCGUCGCGCCCGACUAGCAGCCAAAUUCCUCCAAACCACCGAGCAAACUCAAAUUCAAACCAACUAUUGGACUUCCAUCCUCCAACAAGCUUUCUCCGAUCUCGCCGAGCAAGCCAAUCUCACUCCCGCCGAGGCCUACACCCAUCUCCACCUCGACCUCACAGGCAUUCCCCGACAAGACCUCAAUGCCGAAUAA